UCUUAGUGGAAAAAGAAAGGUUUAGGAAGGUGGAAGAGACUUUCCCUCCUACACUACACACUAGUAAACUCUUAGCUAGUUUUUCUCCACACGUUUCAUUCUUCCGUUUGUAUUCUAUUGUGGCAAAUGGCGACGGAAAUGGAAUCGGCAUUGAUAUUUCUGGGAACGGGAAGUUCGGGAUCGGUUCCCUCCAUGAGUUGCCUCAUUGAACCUUCAGAUCCGCCGUGUUCUGUUUGCACUCAAUCCCUGUCUCUCCCACCUCAAUCCAACCCUAACUACAGGUGCAAUACUUCUCUGUUAAUCAAAUAUUACUCUCAAACCGAUGCCACUCACAAAUAUAUAUUGAUUGAUGCUGGCAAGACCUUCAGGGAGUCUGUACUUAGGUGGUUUGUUUUCCAUCGCAUUCCCAGAGUAGAUUCUAUUCUUUUGACUCAUGACCAUGCUGAUGCAAUCCUUGGAUUGGAUGAUAUUCGUGCUGUGCAGCCAUUUAGUCCCACAAAUGAUAUUGAUCCCACCCCAGUUUACUUAACUCAACGCUCAAUGGAGAGAAUGGAAACGGUCUUUCCUUAUUUGGUUAAGAAAAAACAGAAAGAAGGGCAAGAAAUCAGAAGGGUGGCCCAGUUUUGCUGGAACAUAGUUGCUGAAGAUUGUAACCAACCUUUUUUUGCAUCAGGCUUAAAAUUGAUUCCUUUGCCAGUAAUGCAUGGAGAGGAUUAUAUCUGUCUGGGUUUCCUUUUUGGUAAUAAAGAUAGGGUGGCUUAUCUUUCUGAUGUUUCACGGAUUCCAGCUAGUACAGAGUAUGUCAUUUCAAAAAAUGGGGCUGGGCAGUUGGAUCUUCUUAUUUUGGAUUCAUUGAAAAAGGUCAGUGCUGGCGUUUUAAAUUGUUGAUCUCUCAGUCUGUCUGUGUUUGUAUUGUAAACAUUGUUCUACAAAGUUUUAGCUGUCUUUUCUCCCAGAGUAAACUUUUCCAUUGAUUUUCUAAUAUAAGACAAGGAAAACAUCUUAUUCAUUAGUAUAUAAUAACUUGAUCUAUGAAGAACAUUAAUAUAUUACUAAACCCAUAUUUACUGGACUAAAUGCAUUGAAAUUUGUAGACUUGUCAUUUUAAUCCUAAGCCCCUAGGCUAGCCCUGGCCUUUUCCAAAGCUAGGCCCUAUUUUUGUGACCAACACAUUAGGGGGCUUUUCCAAAGCCCCUGACCCCUAGAGCCCCCAUGAAGUGGGUUGAGAUAGAAGUAGGGCUGGGUUAACUCUCGUGGCCCCAAAUGAAAAAAU